GCCCGUGACCGCCUAGCAGGACCCGGAAGUGUGGCUUUUCGCUAUGUUCCUCCGCGAACUCUUAACGCAGAACUGUAGUUUGCGAGCUCAGGCGGGACCAUGCUGACUCGGCUGAAAGCAAAAUCAGAGGGGAAGCUUGCCAAACAGCUAUGCAGAGUUGUGUUGGAUCAGUUUGACAAACAGUAUUCGAAAGAACUUGGGGAUGCCUGGAGUACAGUAAGGGAUGUUCUGAUAUCUCCGUCAUUGUGGCAAUAUGCCGUCCUCUUCAACCGAUUCAAUUAUCCUUUUGAACUGGAAAAGGCCUUGCAUGUGAGGGGCUCUCACACAAUCCUUCAAGGGGCUUUACCAUAUUAUCCUCAAUCAAUGAAGUGUUACCUCGGCCGAACUCCAGACCGAAUGCCUUCAGAACGACAUCAGACUGGAAACUUGAAAAAGUACUUCCUCCUUAAUGCUGCUUCUCUUCUCCCAGUACUGGCUCUGGAACUGAGGGAUGGGGAGACAGUCCUGGACUUGUGUGCUGCUCCUGGGGGCAAAUCCGUAGCUCUGCUGCAAUGUGCUUAUCCAGGUUAUCUUCUCUGUAACGAGUAUGAUCGCCUGAGAGGAAGAUGGCUGAGACAGACAUUGGAAUCUUUCAUCCCACAGCCUUUGAUAAAUGUAAUUAAAGUGUCUGAAUUGGAUGGCAGAGAAAUGGGAGAUGCCCAGCCUGCAACGUUUGACAAGGUGUUAGUUGAUGCUCCAUGUUCAAAUGAUCGAAGCUGGCUGUUCUCGUCCGACUCUCAGAAAGCUGCCUAUAGGAUCCAUCAAAGGAAGAAUUUGCCUGUCCUACAAGUAGAACUCUUAAGGUCUGCAAUUAAAGCCUUACGUCCUGGAGGGCUACUCGUGUACUCUACAUGCACACUUUCCAAGGCUGAAAAUCAAGAUGUGAUCAGUGAGAUCUUAACUUCCGACAGUAACAUCCUACCUGUGGAUAUUACUGGAAUAGCAAGGACUUUCUCCCAAGACUUCACAUUUGCCCCCACUGGCCAAAAAUGCAGUCUUUUGGUGAUUCCUGAAAAGGGAAAAGCUUGGGGCCCAAUGUAUAUAGCCAAACUGAAAAAAGGUAUGAGUACAAGAAAAUGGCAAGGUGAAUUUUGUAAGCCAUGCUAACAUUGAUAGCUUUGGCUCGCGGCGGCGCGUCCACAGACACCAGAUACAAGCAGCUCUGUGUUUUUGGAAGUUUAAUUAGGAGAGGGGGGGGAGUAAGGACCGCGGCACGUGAAGGGAGAGA